CACCAUACCCACUCUCCGCCUCCCGGUGGCCCAGGCCCCUCCAUGCUCUGCACAGGAAGUGGGCUGGCCCUCAGUCAUCUCUCCACUACCUGAGCUGCCGGAGCCCGAGAUGGCCGAGGUCCCAGCAGCAGGGAGGACCACAGGGAGCGCACUGCCACAGCCUCAUGUCUCAGCCAGGCCUUCUUUCCCCGGCUCUGCUCUGUGCAUGUGAUGGCAGCCCCGGCUCUGUCCUGGUGCCUCCUCCUCCUGCUUACCCUCCUCCUGCCCCUGACAACACCCUCAGUGUCUGCAGAGGUGACCGACACUUCCCAGCUUGAAUGCUUCUACAACUCCAAAGCGAACAUCUCCUGCCUGUGGAACCGGGAGGAGGGUAUGCAGAACACUUCCUGCCACAUCUGCGCCAGGUCAGACAAGCGGCCCUGGAACAGGACCUGCGAGAUGUUCCCAGUGAGCCAGACGUCCUGGGCCUGUAAUCUGGUCCUCGGAGGCCCUACUUCUCAGCCCCUGACCUCGGUGGAUAUCAUUACUGCACACGUGAUGUGCUGGGAAGGCGGACAGUGGCAAAUGGUGGUGACCAAGAACUUCAAGCCCUUUGACUACCUUCGCCCAGUGGCCCCCGGCUCUCUCCAGGUCACCCACGUGGACACCAACAGAUGCAAUGUCACCUGGCACCUCACCCAGAUCUCCCACUACAUCGACUCCUACUUGGAGUUUGAGGCCCGGACACGACUGCCAGGCCACAGCUGGGAGGAGGCCAACCGGUUGAGUCUCAAGCAGAGGCAGCAAUGGAUCUUCCUGGAGAACCUGGUGCCUGACACCCAGUACGAGCUACAGGUGCGGACGCGGGCCGAGCGAGGCCUGCACACCGCAUGGAGUCCCUGGAGCCAAGCCCUGGCCUUCAGGACCAGGCCUGCAGCCCCCAGGAAGGAGUCCCUGCCCCUCACUUGGGUCCUCGGCCCUGCUCUGGGCCUUGGACUGGUCAGCGGCAUCAUCAUCUCUGUGUACUUCUUGGUUAGCGCCAAUUGCCUUGGGCCUUGGCUCAAGAAGGUUCUGAAGUGCCACAUCCCAGACCCCUCGGAGUUCUUCUCCCAGCUAAACUCCGAGCACGGAGGGGACUUCCAGAAGUGGCUGUCCUCGCCCUUCCCCUCAUCCUCCUUCAGCCUGGGGGCCCUGGCACCCGAGAUCUCACCGCUGGAAGUGCUGGACAGGGACACCAAGGCCACGCAGCUGCUCCUGCUGCAGCAGGACAAGGCGCUGCUGCCCUCGCCCGUGCCCAGCGGCCACUCCCAGACCAGCUGCUUCACCAACCAGGGCUACUUCUUCUUCCACCUCCCGGAUGCCCUGGAGAUCGAGGCCUGCCAGGUGUACUUCACCUAUGACCCCUGUGCUGAGGCAGAGCCUGAGGAGGGUGUGCCCCCGGGGUUUCCCCUCGUGCCCCUGCUUCCCCUGCCAUCAGAGGAUGACGCCUACUGCACCUUUCCCCCUGGGGACGACCUGCUGCUCUUCUCCCCCAGUCUCCACAGUGGCCCAAGCGUCCCCCACAUUCUCCCUGGGCCAGCUGGGACCAGUGAAGAGAGGCUGCGCCCCUCCCUGCAGGAGGGCUCUCCCCAGGACUGGGGCCCCCCGCCCCUGGGGUUCCCUAUCCCAGCAGCCCCUGACCCAAUGGGUUUCCAGUCAGCCCUGGAGCAGGCUCUGGGGGAGGCUGGGGAGGAGGCCCCUGCCCCAGAGCCCAGGGAUGGGGCUGACUCUCCCAGGCAGGGCCAGGUCAGGCCGCCGACCUCUCCCCACGCUGACACCGAUGCCUACCUGUCCCUCCAAGAACUCCAGGCUCAGGACCCAGCUUACCUGGUGUAGACGGAUAGCCAGGGGCGGGAGGCAGGAGACUGCCCGCUGUCGUGCCAGGACCGAAGAGGGUCCCAAGGACAGUCCACUGCGGAGGACAUCUCCACCCGGACGCCCCCACCCAGUGCCACUCUCAAACCUCACCCUGGGGUGGGGUGGGAGGCUGAUCCCCCUCCCUCUCUCAUCACUGAGUCCCCGGAGCUUUGUCUCUGGAGCAUAGGCGCCCCCCAGCCCGCAGUCACCUCCUGACACCGAUCAUCACCCUGACCUCCCUCUGGGCUUCCUCUGCAGGGCACCUCCAGAGUGGGCUUUCCACACAUAAAUAUGGCCAAUACAGCCACAUCCCAUGCCUGCUCCAAACCUGGUGUGGCUCCCUGCAGCCAUUGGCACCAUCCUUAGCUACCACUUGCCCCUCCAUGUCAGGACAGUCCCUUCUGAGACCCUCACAAGUGGCCUCACCAAGCCCCUCGGAGCUGCCUUGCACCCCACACCUUUGCAUGCGCUGUUCUCUGUACCUGGGCACCCACUUCUCUAGGUGACAAAUGUCCCUCAUCCUUUACAUGCCAGCUCUGCUUCCCCUGGAGGGAAACACUGCUGGAUUCAGUGCUAGGAGGGGAGACCACCCAAGCCACAGGGUGGGUGGCGAGGGGUCUCUCCUGACCUCUCCUGACCUAGGAACAGACAUACAUCCUUGCAGAGGGGACGCUUCUGGAGCUUUCCACAGUGGCCUCCCACACUCACAAGGGAGGGGCUGCUUGAAAGUCGGAAGCUUGGACUCCCUGCAGCCCAGGCAGCAGCCCCUUCCUCCCAGCAAAGGGUCCCCACCCUGGACAGCUCCCACCCACCCUCCAGCGAGGGCUCUUGCCCUCAUUCCCAGACUUGCCUGCACUCACCCCAGCAAGAGGCCAGUCCCUUCACCUCGCAGUGCUCCCUUCCAACUCCGCUGGCCCUGUCUGCUCAGUGUUCCUACCACCCCUCACUCCCCUUCCCUCUGUGCCUGCCACUGUUCAUGUGCGAUUACCACCCUGCGCCCCACAGGGAAGACUCCCCAUCCCAGUGACUGGCUUGGGACCAGUAGGGUCUGCAUUUAUAGGUCUUUCUUGCAGCUGAUUGGGCACCUAACCACAAGCCCACCCAUAGGCUGGCUAGCGGCCUGUGAGAUAGCUUGACACAGAAGCUCGGUCCAAUCAGGAAGGCUAGGCAUGAUCUAGCCAAUCAGAUUAUCUCUUGGGCUCAGGGAUUUUAAAACGGGAAGAGUGAGAGGCCCUGGGGAGCAGAAGCUUGGGGAUAGGGCUGGGAGAGAGUUGUUGAGCCACGUGAGCAGAAGAUCUGGGGGUCCUGACACAGAAACUCCAAUUCCCUGAACCAUUCUGUCCUGA